AAGCGAUCGUAGUCUAUUUUUAUUUUGAUCCCGUGGUCUCCAGCAGCGGCAGACUGUAAACAACGUGUAUUGUGUAGCUACUUGGUGUUAUCGGACCACAGUCCACAGCUCAAAGAAUAAUGAAAUAACACCCUGAUAAAUACAGCGAAAUUAUUUGUUGCCACGGUUGAAAUUAUUUGGUGUGACAGCGACUCUUUAACAUGGCUGAACCAAGUACCAAAAGAUUAAAAACUAAUCUUCCUGUCUGCAAGACCCACCGAGCUUGUGUCGGCAGCAAAGUGAAGCAGAAUCUCACCUCGGCUGUGGAGGAGAGUUUGUGUGGCGUGUCGACAUUGCUUCUCGAAGUCGCAUACAGGCUGGAGGCGCUGUCCCAGAUAUUUGAGCAGGAUGACGUUGCCCUGCCAAGAGUGGCAGCGUUCUUCCAUCAGGAGUCGGGGAAGGAGCAGGAACAGGCUGAGGCCAUGAUGGACUACCUGUGUGAACGCGGAGGACAGUACUGCAACAAAGACAUCCAGAAGCAGGGCUCUGAGCAGGUGUGUCCCUGUGUGUUCCAGAAGCAGGGCUCUGAGCAGAAGCCCGGCUGUGAGCAGGUGUGUGCAGUGCUGCCAGCUCUGGAGCUGCUGCUGGCCCAGUGGAAGGAUGAGAUGUGCGUCCUGGUGGACCUGAGCCUGCUGGCACGGCAGAACAGCGACCCGCACUCCGCCAGCGUGGUGAAGAGCCGCUUCCUGGGGCCCCUGGUUGCCCGGGUCAAGCUGCUUGGAGACCUCCUCACCAAUGCCCGCAGGCUGGGCUGUGGGGCUGUGGGGACCCUCGGGGAAUACCUCAUAGACCAGCUGCAGGAGGAGCUGACCAGCGCCGGGGUCGCUUAAAACCCUCGCAGGUCCCACGUGUGUUUGUGAGAAACCCCUCUGGUGACUGGGAGCAGGGGCGGAGCGUCGUCUGCAAGUGGGGGGGGGGGGGGGGGGGGG